UUAAAACAUUGCUUACAUAUCUCCAAGCAAGCAGGCAACAACCAUUGAAGCAGAAGCUUGUGGUUUUGGCAAAUGGCCAAAUCUGAGUGGUCUCAAAUUUUGGCCAUAGCCAUAGUUGCCACCCUUUUGCUAUGCAUCAAUUUUGCAACAUCAUCAGACCCAUUUCUUCACCAACACCAUGACAAGGUUGGUAGGCUCCCUGGUCAAAACUUCAACACCAGCUUUGCACACUAUUCUGGCUACAUCACGGUCAAUGACAAAGCUGGGAGAGCACUCUUCUACUGGUUCAUGGAGGCAGAUCAUGAUCCUCACUCCAAACCUCUUCUUUUAUGGCUCAAUGGAGGACCUGGAUGUUCAUCCAUUGCUUACGGGGAGGCAGAAGAAAUUGGCCCGUUUCAUAUAAAGCCAGAUGGCAAGACCCUUUAUCUGAAUCCUUAUUCUUGGAAUCAAGUUGCCAACAUUCUUUUUGUCGACGCUCCUGCUGGAGUUGGAUUUUCCUAUUCAAAUACUUCAUCUGACUUGCUAAACCAUGGCGAUAAGAAGACAGCUGAGGACUCUCUGAUAUUUCUAUUGAAGUGGUUUGAGCGUUUUCCCCAGUAUAAAGGAAGAGACUUCUUUAUCAGCGGCGAGAGCUAUGCAGGGCAUUAUGUUCCUCAACUUAGCCAAGUUAUUGUGAAGCACAACACAGCUGGUAAAGAAAAUGCUAUAAAUCUGAAAGGUUACAUGGUGGGAAAUGCUCUGUUAGAUGAUUACCAUGAUCAACUGGGCAUGUACGAGUUCAUGUGGUCAAGUGGGAUGAUUUCAGAUGAAACAUACAAGCUUUUGAACCUGCUAUGUGAUUCUCAGUCACUCAUACACCCAUCACACUCAUGUGAAAAUAUUACUGAAAUUGCUCAUAGAGAACUUGGCAAUAUAGAUCCAUACAGCAUCUUUACUCCUGCUUGCCAUGCUAAUGUUAGCCAGUCAAGUCAGCCAGUGAAAAGAAAGCAUAGAUUUGGUAGACUCGGUGCUGGGUAUGAUCCUUGCACAGCGGAGCACUCCACUAUAUACUUCAAUCUACCUGAGGUCCAAAGGAUUCUUCAUGUUGAUCCAAAUCAUAAGCCUGCUAAAUGGGAGGCCUGCAGUGUAGUGAUAAAUUCCCACUGGAAGGAUUCUCCAAGAACAGUGCUCAAUGUUUUUCAUGAACUUAUUCAUUCGGGACUGCGGAUAUGGGUUUUCAGUGGUAAUACAGAUGGAGUACUCCCUGUAACAUCUACUCGCUAUAGCAUAAAUGCUCUCAAGCUUUCAACUGUGAGCCCCUGGCGUCCAUGGUAUGAUGAUGAGGAGGUAGGAGGAUGGACUCAAGAAUAUGCUGGACUCACGUUUGUAACUGUAAGGGGUGCAGGCCACGAAGUUCCUCUGCACAGACCAAAACUUGCUCUGACUUUGCUCAAAUCCUUCUUAGCAGGAACCUCCAUGCCCAAGCUCGAGCAACUCAGCAACUAGUGAAGUUUAUGUUCACAUUUCCAUUUGUUUUUACCAUGGAAUAUUCCUCUAAAAUUCUCCCUUAUUCAUCGUGAAUUAUAACACAAUAAAUAGGGGUUUGAAUUGUGUGUGUGUAAAACUUAUGUUUUCAAACGAUUAUAAGUUUAUAAAAGAUUUUCGCAAGCA